AUGUCGCCUCAUCUUGACCUCUUCUUGGACAAACGUAUUCCUUCUGCUCCUUCCGCUUUCGAUUUUCUCCCGCCACGGCCCCUUUUGGCUUCGGAUCGCAGUAUCUUCUUUUUCUGCGGUUCCCCUGCUCCACCUAUCCGCUCUCAAUCACCACCAGGAAUAUGUUGUGCAACCAUUAGCUGCUGGGUCCGGCUCCUGCAGCCUUCUCCUGAUGCAAGGCUUCUAUCACUUAAUCUCGCGCCAGAAAGCCAUAACCUCCAUGACUUUCCCUUGCUGUACCCAACAAUAGCUUCUUCUGCCAUCGAAAGUCUUUUUUCGGUGUUGAUAGCCAUGCCCGAGCCCUGUUAUCUACGUGCACAGUUCGGUGUUUUGCUAGGGAACAAAAUAUCGAGUAUCCUGCUGGCUGGUCUUUCAAUUGGUGGCGCACUAUAUUUCUACCGGUCGACGAGGAAACAGGGUUUCGGAGUGCUCGAAUCUCACGUUCUUGUCGAAAAGGAACGCAAGCUCGAUUCUUGGGCAACUGCGCUGUCUGGUGUCGUAGCGCUCUGCUUGAUGGUACCGGUCGCUGGCCAGCUUUUGACUGCUUUCCUUGCACUAUCUCGGCACGGAAUCCAUCAGGUUACUAUCAGCGCUGUAAUCCUGCCCAUUGCCAUCCGGGCUGCUGUAACUCUUCCUUGCAUUCACUCGAUCACCAAGCUCGAAGCCGUUUUACUUACCGAAACCAAAGCCAGCAUGAAUGUCAUGCUUCAUUUUCCAUCUACAGUCAUCCUCUCCGUAAUUAUGGGGCAUCCAGGUUUCUACGCCAAGCCUAGCAAGGCAGCAGACGGCUCAAUGAACCUGAUGGAAUGGGAAGUAGGUAUUCCAGGGAAAUCGGGGACCGCUUGGGAGGGUGGCCUCUUCAAAUUAACGAUGGUAUUCCCAGAAGUAGACUAUCCCUCUAAACCACCCAAAUGCAAAUUCUCGCCCCCACUCUUUCACCCGAAUGUCUAUCCCUCCGGAACUGUCUGCCUCUCCAUUUUGGAUGAGGAGAAAAGCUGGAAACCCGCGAUUACGAUCAAGCAGGACCUGUUAGACGAUCCCAACGUCAACGACCCCGCCCAGAGUGAUGCCUAUACUAUGUUCAAGAACGAUAAGGUGGCGUACGAGAAGCGAAUCAAGCAACAAGCGCGAGAGAACGUCCCCAAUGCUGGUCCUUUGCCGACCAACUCGUCAGUAACACAGGAGUCGCUCCCUGACCUGUUCGACAAACUCAGCCGAAAGGGCGGGACUGGCUACACUGGCAAGCGGAUCGGCCCCGGCUGGCUCAAAUACGAGUUCACCGAAACCAUUUGGAACCUCGAUGACGAUGCAGACUACACCAUAUUCUGCUGGCGGCAGCAACAACCUGCAGCUUCGACAUCCACUACACCGAUUGACUCCCCGACUCUUCACCUCCAUGACCCCCAUUCGCCACUCCCUACACCGCCCGCUUACCUGAACGCGGCAUACUAUGUCUUCCAUCCCUCCCGCGCUCUCCACCCAGCGACAUCACACAACGGCAGCCCCUCUCCCCUCCCCCGAAGCACCAAAUCGCGCAAGUCGAAAAGCAGCAGACGCGUCGCGUCAGAGGAUGACGGGAUUCCGGUCCACAAGAAGGAGUUUGCUAAGUUCCACAGCGAGAACGGCGUCAGGACCGUCAUAGGGCAGAUUGGGCCCGUCUCAAAUGUACGGAUGCUCCUCAAGUCAGGCUACCGACACGUCUAUAUCUCACGGAAAUUCGCGCUCGCCAAUGGGUUCAUCCCUGCAGACACUGAAGGCGGCAAAUACGGCUAUGUGGGGCUGGUCAACAUCGGCUCGUGGCCUAUCACACUCACGCCAUCGUCCGACAAUCCACAUUCUGACCACCCGAAUGCCCCGCCACCGCCGCCCAAAACCAACGGCACGAAGAAGAAGCCAAAGCCCACGAUGAUGACCGUAUAUCUCUCAGAGGAACAGCAUUUCGAUGUAGUUCUCGGCCGAUCAUUUUUCGAGCGCAGGAAUAUCCAAGUCAGUUCAAUCGACCCGACCGAGGUCAUUUGUCUCGACACGGGUGAAAAACUCGAAUGCGAAUUAGUGAUUCUCAAGGAUGGUCGUGGGGAGAUAGUAACAGUGACUUGA